AUGCCCCCGAAGGAGGCGAUCGUUGCGAGAUUGAUUAGUGUCAAUGUUGCCGCGACCACCGCCUCCUGUCCCACGUCUUCCGUGGCCCGAGACACCAUUGGCGCACGAGGAUGCUCUCACACGACACUGGAAGUGUGCAGCCGCGAGGUUGAGGACCAGGCUCAUGAAGAAGAGGGCGUCGAUGAACUCAUUGAUCAAUUGCGUGGACGCCUGAGGCGCGAGGGGUGGCGCGACUCCGCGCAAGACGAGUUCAGCUUUGGCCAAGGACUGGGCGUGAACAUGAUUGUGGGAGCAAUAGAGGGCAGGACGUGCCCGAUGCGCCUACGGAUCAAAGCUGCCACGUGA